ACAAGCUAAACUUGCCAAUGCCAAUUUUCUCCAAGUUUACACCCUGAAGUGUGCGAUUUCUUUCGGCGAAUCGUUUAAAUUUUGCAAAGCAUCCCUGUUGAGCUACUGACGUUCUAACUGGAAAAACCUUAAUUCCGCCGAUCCCUGUUGGUCCAGUAAGGUUAACCACCCCUCGUCUUCAGAGCACUCUCCACAUUACAUUUUGGAAAUCUAUAGGAAUGGUAAUGGAGGCUCCCCCAUCUCCUCAAAGCGUAGGAAGAGAGUUUGUGAGGCAGUAUUAUACUCUCUUGAAUAAAGCUCCUAAUCAUUUACAUAGAUUCUACAACCACCAGUCAUCUUUUGUGCAUGGAGGAUUAGAUCCCCCAAACCGUGAAACUGCGCCCGUCGUAGGCCAAAAACAAAUCCAUCAAAAAAUUCAACAGCUUAAUUUCCAGGACUGCCAUGCCAAAAUAACUCAAGUUGACUCUCAAUCGACUCUGGGAAGUGGAGUGGUGGUUCAGGUUACUGGUGAACUCUCCAAUGGAGGUCAACCGAUGCGUAGAUUUACCCAGACUUUUGUGUUGGCUUCUCAGAGUCCAAAAAAGUAUUACGUUCAUAAUGAUAUUUUCAGAUAUCAGGACGAGAUUAUUUCUGAUGAGGAAUGUGAUACUGAUGGACGGUCUGAACCAGAAGAUGAACCUCAGACUCAACCUGCGGUUUCUGACCGCCCACCUGUUGAUGUGCAACAACCCCUUGUUGGCACUCAACCAUCCCCGACUGGCGCUGCUCCCAUAUUGCCAACAUAUUAUGGAAGUACUGCGCCACCAGCAGUGGCUCCUGUUCCUCCUCCAGCUCAGUUGGCUCCACACCAUCAACCCAUUCAAGCUGCUGCGGCCCCUACUUCCCAUCACCAACCUCCUCCACAUAUUAUGGCCCAAGCACCUCCUCAGCAGCCACCCCAAUCUAUGCCAACCUCAGCUUUGAAUGGACAUCCAGAAGAUAUGGGUAUUUUACAAGGACAACCUUUGCCUGCUCACAUGGCUCCCACUACAGUUCAGCCCCAUAAUUUGGCAGGCCCCAUUCCGCAAGUUAUCCCCCAACAAGAAUAUAGUGGUCAACCCCCUAUGAACCCAUCCAUAGCAGUUGAAGAGCAGAUUCAAGAUAAUGAGGAAAUUCUAGAGGAACCUCUAGAUGAAGGAUAUGGAGAUGCUGGCGAUGUGGAACCAGAUCAGGAUAUCCAAGUGGAACCAACUUCCAAUGAACCCAAGACAUACGCGAAUUUGUUGAAAUCAGCUUCAGCGGGUAGCCAGCAACAGUCAAAUUAUCAACAGCAGCCAUCCUAUGGCUCCCAGUCGCCUCCUAAUGUUGGUAUUGGUCCGAGACCAAGCACCGGAACUACAAAUGGGGCGAACAGAAUGGGCCCACCUAGACCUGGUCAACAACAGUCACGUGGGCCGCCACAAAGUGGCCGAGGCCUGGGCGGUCGAAACUCAAUUCAGGAAGAUGAUGACAGAAGGCGUUCUCAAAAUCCACACUAUGCCACACAAUCUGAUGCCCAUCAGCUAUUCCUCGGCAACUUACCCCAUGCAGCAACAGAAGAAGAAUUGCGCGACAUCUUUUCGGAAUUUGGCACAGUUGUAGAUCUAAGAGUGCACACUAAGCCAGGACCUGGUGGACAAAAACCGGGACAAAUUGGUAGGGCUCCGCCGCACUACGGGUUCAUCACAUAUGAAUCCCAGCAGAGCGUGCAGAUGUGCCUUACUGCCAAACCGAUAUACUACCCAAAAAAGGACACAUCUGGUAUUGUGUUAAACGUUGAGGAGAAGAAAAAUAGCAAAGACAGGCAGUCAUAUGGUGGUAGUGGCGGUGGACGGAUUGGAAAUGAUAAUAACAGGACGGGAGGGCGACCAGAUGGUGUUGGUCAGAGGCGCCCAAUGGGCGGGCCCGGAGGCAUGAAUAGGGGAGGGGGGGUAGGUUCACAGGGACCUAAUAAUAGAAACCAAGGAGGAUACAAUCGGGGUGGCGGUCCACCAAACCGAGGUGGCCAACACACUUACAACCGUCGUUAAGCCCACGAACAGUAAUAUGUGUGCAUUAAUGCACGGCCUAGAGAGAUACUAUCAUCGUUCGUUCGUUUGCUUUAGACAUCCUCAAAGCACACCGUAAUGGAUGUGCGUACAGCCAUUCGGCAGAGACCAUUUUUUAACACAAAUACACGAACCGUGCGUCACCAUUCAGUGCUAGUGUACAGUGUUGUUGUUCUGUGAGUAACGUUUGCUGCGAUGAAGGGUGAUAAUGUUUGUGUGUGUAUGUAACGACCUUUUUUAAAUGCGGGGGAAUCAUUAUCAGUUUACUUUUGUAUUUUUUAUUUGCCUAUUUAAUUUAUUUCACUUUUGAGGUGACUUAUUUAGAUACUUUUUUUUUUUAAUAUGGAAUACUUUCAAUGCUUUUCUUAUGUAGACAGAUUAUGUGGGAGAUUACAAAAAGUUGGUCCAAAAAAAUGUUAAUUUGCUAUUGUGCCUUAUAAAAUAUGAGCACUCAGUUUUUGGAAUCCAGUUUACUUUUCCUCGGAAUCUAGGAUUAUAACUAAGUACUUCUGCUUUACUGUGAUAACAUGAACAUUUUUUGUAAAAUACUUCAAUACUACAAACUACAAGGUUUUAUGUUUGGUCUGGGACUACAACUUUGCAGGUUUCGUUUUUCUAGGCUAGUAGGGGACAAUAUAUUUUUUUUAUUCCUUACUGAUAAAUUAGGGGAAUUUGUGCCAAUAAGGGAGGGGGUUAUAAUGAUUCCUUUGCAGCUUGACUUUUACGGACAGUUUUUGCGUUUUCAUUUUUCCAUACUCUUAAUUUUUACAGAAUACGCGUGAUUGGUGGAACAAGAGUAGAUUUGUAGCAUAAAACUAUUUUGUUGUUUUUUUGUUUGGUCUCAAAAUAGAGCGAAGUUAUUAUAAUAUGACUGUACCUUUUAUAAUAGUGUCAAUUUUUUGUCUUAACUUAUAUUUCUUCCGAUGCAUUAAGUUUAAAAUAAAAUGUUUUUGAACAGU